GAUAAGACUUGCAACUUGCGAGCCAAGUCCCGCUCUCUCUUCUCUUACACAAAACAAAAGUAAACCAAAAAAAUACUCAGAUUCUCUUUUAGGGUUUCAAUUUAGAUUUCCUUUUCUAAAAUUUUACAUCUCAAAGAUUACUUGGUCACAGUGAAACCCUGAAUUGGUGCCGAAUAGCUCAAGAUUAGUGGCUUUUUGGCAUUUUCUUAUUGCAGUAAAGAGAUGGGUGGGGAGGAGGGAAUGAGCAAUGGUGGCAGUGCUGGUGAGAAAGUUCAGUGUCUGAAAAGUGAAGCGUCUAAUAAUGGUUUUUCUGAUGAUGGGGGCUCAGGGCCCAGUGAGGGCUUACGUAUUUACAAGAGGCGUAAGCAUACCAGGUCGAGUUUAGGGAGAAAAGGUCAAGAGGAUGAGAGAGGUUCUCCAGUAGCUGCUCGUAAAAUAGAAAAUGAGGAACUACUGGAUCAUGUUCUUGAGAGUGAUGCUCCUGUGGAUGGUCCAAAUGAUGUUUCACACAAAGAGUGCAGAAGUUUUGUCCUCAAGCACAUUUGUCAGUCAUUAAAUAAUGAUGAGGGUGGUAUACAGGGUCGCAUUCAAGAUGCAGUUAUAAUGACAGUAAAGGAAUCUGAUGAUGGUGACAAAGAUAGGAAUAAGUGGGCCUCACAAUCAGGGUGUAGGCCUAAUGGAUCUCACUUUGCAGCUAGAGGGAAUAUGGAUGUGAUAGUAAAUGAGUCAUUGGCUGACUCUUACCGUCCUGUCACUAAGAUGUGCCAGGAUACUUUCCUUAAUAUCAUACAUUCUGAAAAGUUCAUCUUACUGUGUAAGCUACUGUCUGAUAAUUUCCAAGAAAUGAAGCCUGACAACCUUUUAAGCUUAAGUCACAUAAGGAUAAGGAUGAAAGAUGGUGUGUAUGAGCAAUCGCCUGUUCAUUUUCAUGAGGAUAUUCAACGGGUUUGGAAAAAACUUCAAGGAAUUGGUAGUGAGCUAGUAUCGCUUGCAAAAAGUCUCUCAGAUGUGUCAUCGUCUUCCUAUGAUGAACAGCAGUUUUGUUCUCGAGAAACAUAUUUUCACGAUAAACCGGAGCAAAUAGAAGCUUGCAGUGCAUACAGUGUCUGUACUUGCAGGAGUUGUGGGCAUAAGGCAGAUGGGAGGGAUCGUUUAGUAUGCGAUUCAUGUGAGGAAACAUACCACAUAUCUUGUAUUGAACCCAUUGUUAAAGAGAUUCCCCCCAGAAGUUGGUACUGUGCAGUCUGCUCUGCAAGAGGGAUGGGAUCUCCUCAUGAGAACUGUGCCGUAUGUGAGAGGUUGAACGGCCGCAAAGUUCUAUAUACGCAAGCUGGUGAUGAUAAUAGAUCUCCAACGAUUGAGAAUCUCUCCAGCGAGUCUGCAGAGACUUCAAAUCAUACAGAGGAUGACAUUCAUCAGUCCUCAGCAGGGUGUAAAAAUGUCAGUUUUUGCAAAAUGUGCGGAAGUGAGUUAGAUAAAGGCGAAAAGAUAAAGAUAUGUGAGCACUUGGAAUGUCCUUACAAGUAUUACCAUGUGAGAUGUCUGACUAUGAACCUGUUAAAAUCAUAUGGUCCUUUCUGGUAUUGCCCUUCUUGUCUAUGUAGAGGUUGUCUUGUUGAUAAAGACGAUGAUCAGAUUGUUUUGUGUGACGGUUGUGAUCAUGCAUAUCACAUGUAUUGCAUGAGCCCGCCACAAUCUUCUGUACCUACAGGGAAAUGGUUCUGCGGACAAUGUGAUUUGAAAAUCAAAGAAAUACGCAGGGCAAAGAGAGCAUAUGAGAAGAGAGAAAAUAGAAUGAAUUUAGAUGAGAAAUUGGAACCAGAAGCAGAUAAGGGUCGAAUAGACAUGCUUGUAACAGCAGCUCUGAAUCUAUGACAAGUGAAUUGCCUUAUCUGGGUUGAAUAGACACGACUAAAAAUUUAAUGGUUUUUGUCGAAUGACUUUGAUGUUGUACAAGUAACCGGAACCGAGAAUUUUGUUUUUGCCUUUUUUGUGGAGGACUAAUCUUCUAUUAGGCUGUAAACUGUUAGGUUCUGCUGACCUUUGGAUAGAUAACUCUGAGUCACAAUGCAGGAUUCUGAAGGCUUGUAUAUUUUUGUAGUUUGAAGUAUCGGGAAAGCAUUAGAUGUGUUCAUCGAGAACAAUUAUUUUACAGUUAGGCUCAAUACUAUUGUGUUCAGUAAAUGUAUUACAGAUUGUUGAAAGAUGUAGUAGAAGCUAAUGUUGUCAUCUCAUUGAUGUUGUAAAAUGAACUGUUAUUCAUACUUGAUAGUGAAAGCGAAAAGGAUCAAUUUUGUUGUU